GGUUAAAUUAAGUGUGUCUUGACUCCACUACAGACAUCAUAGUGGUUGCUUGUUUACUUUAGCAUGUGAAAACUUUGUAAAAACUAAAAAUGUAAACAAUAAACUAAAGAAAAAAAUACUGAUAAAAAUGGAAGUGAACUGAAGUGGACUGUAUAUAAAUGUAAAAAGAAAAGUUAUGUGAUUUUCUUCUAUUUUGGAAAUAAGUGUACUACUACUACUACAACAGAUUUAACCCAGAUUAUAUCUACCCAGGGUUAAAAUGACCCACGUUUAGUAGUCCAUUUUGAUCAACCUUUUACUUAAAAUUUCGAAACAGAGUAAUACCAUGAAACCAACCAACUGACUACAGCUGAUUUAAAAUUUUAGGGUUAGGGUUAAAGUUAAAAAAAAAAUUGUUAAACGAUACCAUUAGAGCACAUAUAUUUAUUAAUCAUCAGCUAUUGGAUGUCAAACGUAUUUGGCUGACAUAUACUAGUCUUUGAAAGAAAACCUGUUGUAUCUUUUAUAUACACUUUCCCACAGACAUGACAGCACAUGAUACCACAGCCGUUGAUAUAUCAGACGUGGUUCACUGGUUGGGACGUGAAAACCCCCAGAGAGUGGGGCCACUGAGGCGAUUCCAUCCUACAACACAAGCACCCCAGAUGAGCACUUUAAUGACUGGAUCCCGCCCCAGUUUCAUGUAAUGUUACAUGGAUAGUUCAUCAGAUUUCAUCAUGACAUCGUCUCCUAAAGCAAGAAUUUUAUUGCAACAAUGUUUAUCAGCUAGACUUCAAGUUGAACCUCCAACUGACCAAAAAGAGGGAGUAUUUGUUGAAAUUGGAAGAGGUCUCGUACUCUACGUCUGCUUUCUGAAAGGUGCAAGUUCUGAUGUUGUUAAUAAGAUGGUGAAAGAAGCACUUAACACCAAGUUAAGUACAUCUGCAGACGGCAAACUCUGCUCGAUCCUAGAGCUCCCUGGAGAUGUCCUCAUCAUUCCUCAGGCCACCCUCGGUGGUUGUCUCAAGGGUAAAAGUAUGCAGUACCACAGAAACAUCGCCAAGGAAGAUGGACUUGAACUUUACAAACAGUUCACAACGUUUUGUGAAGAAACUGUGCAAAGUAAUGAAAAGAGUAAAGAAUCUGGCAGAGUGGUGAAGUGGGGCACGUAUGGAAAUGUUCAAGUGUUUAGAUGUGAUACUAAUGGACCAUAUUCACACUUACUAGAAUAUUGAUAUAUUGACUCAUGCUGUUCAUUGGGAUAAAGGGUUUAACAGAUGAGGGGAAAGGUUUUGUUGAAGCUUCAAGGUUCAUACUUAACAGUAGUUGCGAUAUGAAUUUGGUGCUGGAUAUAAAUUAUUACUGUUGGUUGAAGGGAUAGUUUUUGGCUUUUAAUUUUGUAUUUAUUUGUUGCAACAUUUACUGUUUUAAAAGUGUGGUAGGUAUACUAAAAAUUGCCAUAGGUGAGUAUUUUGCAGAAGGUAACAGAUGUUUUAAUUUGGGCCAAGAGUUUCCUCAUUAGCAUAAUAAAUUUAUUUAUCCACCA